UUUAUUUUCUCUUUGAACACAGUUCUCGGGUUUACGUUUCACAUUUUAAAAAUCUGCUCAGACGUCAGGAGUAAAGGCGCAUGCUCCGUCUCGGGCACAACAACUCAGCCAAUCCUGUGCGAGCAACAGUACAUUGUAAUUUGCAUCAGGACAUACAUAUAAAGCGCUCCGACAACAACCGUGUUAUAAGUUUCAGUGAUACUCGUCUGAAGCAAACAUGCCGGAAGUAGCUAAAGCACCGAAGAAGGGCUCUAAGAAAGCCGUCUCUAAAGCCACCAAGACCGGCAAGAAGAGGAGACGCACCAGGAAGGAGAGCUAUGCUAUUUACGUGUACAAGGUCCUGAAGCAGGUCCACCCCGACACCGGGAUCUCCUCCAAGGCUAUGGGCAUCAUGAACUCCUUCGUGAGCGACAUCUUUGAACGCAUCGCCGGAGAGGCCUCUCGUCUGGCUCACUACAACAAGCGCUCUACCAUCACCUCCAGGGAGAUCCAGACCGCUGUCCGCCUCCUGCUGCCCGGUGAGCUGGCCAAGCACGCCGUGUCCGAGGGAACAAAGGCCGUCACCAAGUACACCAGCUCCAAGUAAACUCGCUGUUUACAACACAAAGGUCCUUUUCAGGACCACCCACCACUUCAACUAAGAGCCUUGUUUCUGUUUUAUCUACAGUACUUGGACCUCCUUCCAUCUUAUUCUUAUCCAAGUGCCCUACUGCAUGAACUGUACAUCUUAAACUGCAACAGCUGAGCAUCCAGUGAAGAUGUAAGAUCUCCAGUUCCUCGAAAGACUAUGUACAAAUCUAAAAGGGGUUAUGGAGUUUAUGGACAUGUUCAAUAACACUGGGUUACAAAACUAAUUGAGUGCAUGCAAGGCGCACACUGUUAUCCACCGUGCUUAUUA